GUGGAUCCAAGAGGAGAAGGAGAGCACGGAGCAGUGGCCUGAGGAGACUGAUAGCAGGGCGGGCAGGGCGCGCUUAGGCACCCUUUGGUGCUUUAAGUCCCUGAGCUCCCUCAACCUGUGUCUUGCCUCCUCACUUGCCGGCUUCUGCCCGCCCAGCACGGGGCGCUCCCCGCCCCGAAGGAGGUGGCACAGCCUGGCGCGUGAGGGAGACCGGCUGGGCGUCAUGACUCCAGUAUGUGUCUGCCUCCUCCCUGCCGCAUCCCUCCCCGAGCACACUGUUUUUCUUUCUUUGUUUUUUCUCUUUUUCCCCAGAAGAAAAUCAGGUACAUUUGCUACGCUCAGAGAUCUAAGACUUUUAAAACUUGCCUGGUCUUUAAUCAUUCCUUAA